AUGAGUACAGGAAAGAUUGAAAAUGCGGAAUCCAAGGCUAUGAUUUUACUCUUGGGUUUACGGAGAGGUGGUAAGUCAUCCAUAUGUAAAGUACUAUUCCAUAAUAUGCAACCACUGGACACGUUGUAUUUGGAAUCGACUUCCAAUCCUACCAUGGAACAUUUUUCCACCUUGAUUGACCUCGCAGUCAUGGAACUUCCAGGUCAAUUGAAUUAUUUUGAGCCAAGCUACGAUUCUGAAAGACUGUUCAAGAGCGUUGGCGGUCUUGUAUACGUCAUUGAUUCCCAGGAUGAGUAUAUGAAUGCGAUUACGAAUCUAGCGAUGAUAAUAGAAUACGCAUACAAAGUGAAUCCCAACAUAAAUAUCGAAGUGUUGAUUCACAAAGUUGACGGGCUAAGUGAAGAUUUCAAAGUCGAUGCGCAACGUGAUAUCAUGCAACGGACCGGAGAAGAACUGCUAGAAUUGGGGCUAGAUGGUGUACAAGUAUCUUUUUACCUCACAUCAAUUUUUGAUCACUCAAUCUACGAGGCGUUUUCUCGUAUUGUACAAAAACUGAUACCCGAGUUAUCGUACUUAGAAAACAUGCUUGACAACUUAAUCCAACACUCCAAAAUCGAGAAGGCUUUCCUUUUCGAUAUAAACUCUAAGAUAUACGUUUCCACCGAUUCCAGUCCCGUUGACAUUCAAAUGUAUGAAGUAUGUGCUGAGUUUGUCGAUGUCACCAUAGACCUGUUUGACCUAUACAAAGACUCUCAACAAAACGAACAGAAAGACAAGAACAGUAAAGCAGUGCAUAAUCGUCCGCGAGAGUUAAAAAACGUGUCGCAACUGGGAAACGACGUUAUCAUAUAUUUGAAACAGAUGAUUCGUGGACUAGCAUUAGUCGCAGUGAUCAGACCCAACGGUGCGGAUCCAGAGAGUUGUCUAACAGUCGCAGACUAUAAUGUAGAUAUACUCAAGAAAGGACUUGAAGAAAUAUGGGCUAACGCGAGAAUCCACCCUAAAGAGUCCUCUUAG